UGUUGCCAAUUAGCUAACAACAUGAGUAGCAUUGACGAAAGUAAUACAAAUACGGUGACAAGUGAAUCUGUGUCAGAGGGGUUACAAAUUGAAACUAGUGAGUAUAUACCGUCAAAUGUGGAUGAUUCCUCAGAAAUACCUACUUCACAACAGGACCCUUCAACUGAAACCCCAAACAUAAACGAUCCAGAAGUAGUCCUGUCAGAAAUACCGACCGAAGAAAGCGAGACUAUCCGGAAAGAACUAGGAGUUGCAACUACCGAAGUUGUCGAAGUUACUGAUGACAUAUCCAAAAUAAAACAAGCUGACUUAGAACAAGACGCAAAGCAAUUACAAGAACUGGAUACAGAAAACAUUCCUGGGGCAACUGAACUAGAAAUACAACAAAACCAAAAAAUGGAUUUGGAGGAUACUCCAAUAGAAGAAGAAAGUAGAGAGCAACCGACAGAAGGAAAAGAGAAUAGACCAACAGAGCAACCAGAAGCUCCACCGCAUAAUCGGCAGCUGGAUAAAACCGGGGAAGCAAACAAACAACAAGAGUCAGAUCAAGAGUCACCCAAUGAACCACCAAGAAAGAAACGUAAUAUAGAUGUUGACAAGUUAACCAUCAUAGAUCCAUCGGAAUUCAAAAUGUCAAACAAUACCAAACGAAUAACUGGGAAAUUUAUCGACAAGUUCUGGCAACCCUUGGAUGAUGUCAAUGCCAAAUCUUUUGACAACAUCUUGAACCUAGCCCUUUCCAAAACAUUAGAAAGAUUAGGAAGUCUUGAUUCCGAAGGGAAUAUGAACGAGAAGAUGAAGCUAGCUAACAAAAUCCUUACCAACGCAUGGCUCAAUCCUAGUAAUCUCGAAUCGUUUAAAUCUAGAUUACGAGUAACCAAAGUUCCUUUACCUAGCACCAUGUUCCCCAAUAAUAAAGGCACAAUCAAGGAUGUGUUUAACUAUGAUAAGGUGUUGGAAAGGAAACAAUUCUUGGAAACGUGUUUGCUGGCUGAACUCAAACAAUUACAGGAUUUGGAAAAGUAUUACCAUGAAACUAAGAUGAUAUAUGAACUGGAUAAGAAAUACUUGUCCGAGUUGACAAGAGCUACCAACGGAAAAGAGGCUAAAUUGCGACAUCAAAUGUAUACACAACGGGAAGAAUUGGGAUUGGAUGAAGAAAUUAAACCUGAUGUUGAUCUAAAUUUAGCAACAUCCGGUACAUCCUCAUCUCUGUUCAAUCCUGACAAAGAUGAAGAAAUCAAGCCAAUUCUUGAGUCAUUACAGAAACAUCUUGAAACUAUCAGCGCAAACACUGAACCGAUGUUGGUAUUUAACGAGGAAUUAGAAAUGCUUUUGAAUAUGUUGUCUUAGAAUUUCAUACAUAUAACCAGUAUAUAGUAACUAAUAUUAUAAUAUCCGAGUCUUCGUUAGUGACUUUCGCAGUAAUGCAUCCAUCUUUAGUUAAGUCCCACACCGAGGCAAAAUUGGACUCGAUGCUUAAAUCCGAAUUGACAUUUGAAACAUUUGUGUAUUGCACUAUGAAUUUAUGUUUUGAUGAUUUGUGAGACAAUACUUCUCCGAUUUUGGCAAUUAGUUGUUUGGAAGGGAGGGCAACAUUGUCGGUAAUCAACGUUGUUAUGUAGUCCUCUGUAAACGGAGCUUCUUGGAAUGAAGAUUUAUUAGUGAUCUGCACCGACAUCUUGGUAGUAGAUUUCCAAAUGGGGUGGUA